GAGCCGCGGCGCGUGGGUCUGCCCCGCGCGCUGGCCGGAGAUGCAGCCGGCGCCGCGCCCUGCCUGCGCCUGUGGCUCUGCCUCGGACUCCUGCACGGCCUGGCCAGUGGUUACUCCAUGACCCCCCCAACUCUGAACAUCACGGAAGAGACACACAUCAUCAAUUCCAGUGACAGCCUGUCCAUCUCCUGCAGGGGUCAGCACCCACUUGAGUGGGCCUGGCCAGGGGCUCAGGAGGUGCCAGCCACUGGAGAAAAGGACCACGAGGACACCGGGGUUGUACAGGACUGUGAAGGCACGGACGCCAGGCCCUACUGCAAGGUGCUGCUGCUCCGUGAGGCCCACGCCAAUAACACAGGCAGCUACCUCUGUUACUAUAAGUACAUCAAGGCCCGCAUCGAAGGCACCACAGCUGCCAGCACUUACGUGUUUGUGAGAGACUUGGAGCAGCCAUUCAUCAACAAGCCGGGCACACUGCUGGUCAACAGGAAGGACUCUAUGUGGGUGCCCUGCCGGGUGUCCAUCCCGGGACUCAACGUCACCCUGCGCUCGCAAAGCUCAGCACUGCAGCCUGAUGGGCAGGAGGUGGUGUGGGAUGACCGCCGGGGCAUGCGCGUGCCCACGCCACUGCUGCGUGACGCCCUGUACCUGCAGUGCGAGACCACCUGGGGCGACCAGACUUUCCUAUCCAACCCCUUCCUUGUUCACAUCACAGGCAAUGAGCUCUAUGACAUCCAGCUGUUCCCCAAGAAGUCACUGGAGCUACUGGUUGGGGAGAAGCUGGUCCUGAACUGCACGGUGUGGGCUGAGUUCAACUCGGGCGUCACCUUCGACUGGGACUAUCCAGGGAAACAGGCAGAGCGGGGUAAGUGGGUGCCGGAGCGGCGCUCCCAGCAGACUCACACAGAGCUCUCCAGCAUCCUGACCAUCUACAACGUCAGCCAGCACGACCUGGGCCCCUAUGUGUGUGAGGCCAACAACGGCAUCCAGCGGUUUCGAGAGAGCACUGAGGUCAUUGUACAUGAAAAGCCCUUCAUCAGCGUUGAGUGGCUCAAGGGUCCUGUCCUGGAGGCCACAGCUGGAGAUGAGCUGGUGAAGCUGCCUGUGAAGCUGGCAGCAUACCCACCACCGGAGUUCCAAUGGUACAAAGACAGGAAGGCAGUAUCUGGGCGCCACAGUCCGCAUGCCCUGGUGCUCAAGGAGGUAACGGAGGCCAGUGCAGGCAUCUACACCCUCGCCCUGUGGAACUCUGCAGCUGGCCUGAGGUGCAACAUCAGCCUGGAGCUGGUGGUCAACGUACCCCCCCACAUCCAUGAGAAGGAGGCCUCCUCUCCCAGCAUCUACUCCCGCCACAGUCGCCAGGCCCUCACCUGCACUGCCUAUGGGGUGCCCCCUCCUCUCAACGUCCAGUGGCAUUGGAGGCCAUGGACACCCUGCAAGACCUUCACCCAACGCAGCCUCAGCCGGAGGCAGCAGCGAGACCGAAUGCCACAGUGCCGGGACUGGAGGGAGGUGACGGUGCAUGACGCUGUGAAUCCCAUCGAGAGCUUGGACACCUGGACCGAGUUCGUGGAGGGAAAGAAUAAGACCGUGAGCAAGCUGGUGAUCCAGGAUGCCAAUGUGUCCGCCAUGUACAAGUGUGUGGUCUUCAACAAAGUGGGCCAGGAUGAGCGACUCAUCUACUUCUACGUGACCACCAUCCCUGAUGGCUUCAGCAUUGAAUCGGAGCCUUCGGAGGAGCCCCUGGAGGGCCAGACUGUGCGCUUGAGUUGCCUGGCAGACAACUACACUUAUGAACACCUGCGUUGGUACCGCCUCAACUUGUCCACCUUGCACGAUGCUCAUGGGAAUCCACUGCUGCUCGACUGCAAGAAUGUGCAUCUGUUUGCCACGCCACUGGCAGGCAGCCUGGAGAAAGCAGCGCCUGGGGUGCGCCACGCCACACUCAGCCUGACCAUCCCCCACGUGGCACCUGAGCACGAAGGUGACUACGUGUGUGAGGUGCAGGACCGGCGCAGCCAAGACAAGCAUUGCCACAAGAAGUACCUGUCAGUGCAGGCCCUGGAAGCCCCACGGCUCACACAGAACUUAAGCGACCUCCUCGUGAACGUGAGCGACUCCCUGGAGAUGCGGUGCCCGGUAGCAGGCGCGCACAUGCCAAGCAUUGUGUGGUACAAAGACGAGCAGCUGCUGGAGGAAGAGUCCGGAAUUGACCUGGCAGACUCGAAUCAGAAGCUGAGCAUCCAGCGCGUGCGCGAGGAAGACGCUGGCCGCUAUCUGUGCAGCGUGUGCAACGCCAAGGGCUGCGUCAACUCCUCCGCCAGCGUGGCAGUGGAAGGUUCGGAGGAUAAAGGCAGCAUGGAGAUCGUGAUCCUUGUCGGGACCGGGGUCAUCGCCAUCUUCUUCUGGGUCCUCCUCCUCCUCAUUUUCUGUAACAUGAGGAGGCCAGCCCACGCGGACAUCAAGACGGGCUACCUAUCCAUCAUCAUGGACCCCGGGGCGGUGCCUCUGGAGGAGCAGUGCGAAUACCUGUCCUAUGAUGCCAGCCAGUGGGAGUUCCCCAGGGAGCGGCUGCACCUCGGGAGGGUCCUUGGCCAUGGGGCCUUCGGGAAAGUGGUGGAAGCGUCGGCUUUUGGCAUCAACAAGGGUAGCAGCUGUGAUACUGUGGCCGUGAAAAUGCUGAAAGAGGGCGCCACGGCCAGCGAGCACCGUGCCCUGAUGUCGGAGCUCAAGAUCCUAAUCCACAUCGGAAACCACCUCAACGUGGUCAACCUUCUGGGGGCGUGCACCAAGCCGAAUGGCCCCCUCAUGGUGAUCGUGGAGUUCUGCAAGUACGGCAACCUCUCCAACUUCUUGCGCGCCAAGCGAGAGACCUUCAACCCCUACGCGGAGAAGUCCCCGGAGCAGCGAAGGCGCUUCCGUGCCAUGGUGGAGAGCGCCAAGGCUGACUGGAGGAGGCCUGGAAGCAGUGACAGGGCUCUCCUUGUGCGGCUCCUGAUGGGCAAGGGUGGGACAGGGAGGACUCCUCCAGUCCAAGAAGCCGAGGACCUGUGGCUGAGCCCACUGACCAUGGAAGAUCUUGUCUGCUAUAGCUUCCAGGUGGCCCGAGGGAUGGAGUUCCUGGCCUCCCGAAAGUGCAUCCACAGAGACCUGGCUGCUCGGAACAUCUUGUUGUCUGAAAGUGACAUAGUAAAGAUCUGUGACUUCGGCCUGGCCCGGGACAUCUACAAAGACCCUGACUAUGUUCGAAAAGGCAGCGCCCGGCUGCCGCUGAAGUGGAUGGCACCCGAGAGCAUCUUCGACAAGGUGUACACUACACAGAGUGACGUGUGGUCCUUUGGGGUGCUUCUCUGGGAGAUCUUCUCCCUGGGUGCCUCCCCAUACCCAGGGGUACAGAUCAAUGAGGAGUUCUGCCAGCGGCUGAAAGAGGGUACCCGGAUGAGGGCCCCAGAGCUGGCCUCUCCUGCCAUACGCCGUGUCAUGCUGAGCUGCUGGUCCGGAGACCCUAAAGAGAGGCCUUCAUUCUCUGAGCUGGUGGAGAUCCUGGGGGACCUGCUCCAGGGUGGGGGCUGGCAGGAGGACGACAACUGCAUGGCCCCCUGUGGCUCUCAGAGCUUGGAGGAGGGCAGCUUCUUGCAGGCAUCCACCACUGCCCUGCAUGUCGCCGAGGCCGAUGCUGAUGCUGACGACAGCCCACCCAGCCUGCACCGGCACAGCCUGGCUGCCAGAUAUUAUAACUGUGUGUCCUUUCCGGGGUGCCUGGCCAGAGGGACUCAGACACCGGGUGCCUCCAGGAUGAAAACGUUUGAAGAAUUUCCCAUGACCCCGACAACCUACAAGACCUCGGUGGACAACCAGACAGACAGUGGGAUGGUGCUGGCCUCAGAGGAGUUUGAGCGGCUGGAGAGCAGGCACAGACAAGAAGGAGGGCUCAGCUGUAAAGGACCCAGCCAGAAGGUGGAAGAGACCAGGGCACACCCUGACUCCCAAGGGAGGCGGCGGCUGGACCGGGAAUCAAAAGGGGGACAGGUGUUCUACAACAGCGAGUAUGGGGAGCUGUCGGGGCCCCGCGAGCAGGGCGACCUCAGCCUGGCCACCCACACAUCCUUCUUCCCAGACAGCAGCUACUGAGGCUGCUCUGGAGAGGCCCCCGACCCUGGGCUCAGGUGGCAGGUGGGGGCAGCGCCUGGUGGGAGCAGCAGCAGGAGGCCAGGCUGGGACCUCAUCUCUUUUAGCUGGGGUGAGCGGUGUUUUCUCCUCUCUCUCUCCUUCCUGGCUGGGAAGAGAAACCCAGUCUCCAGUGCUCGCCUGAAAUCCAUCACACACCUGCCUGGGGCCCCAAGCCAACCCUUGGGGCCCUUCUCCCUUCAAAUUCAGAUGCCAGAGAAGUCAGCCCAGUGUGGGGCACUCCCACCGGGUCUGCCUUUUUGUUUACCUCCUCCCAUCACAUUGGGUGGUGAUGUGACCCCCUUUUUCUGAUGAGGAUUAUGAGAUCUGAGAGUCACCCAAUGAUGGAGGUGGUCUCUCAGCCCUUGCCCCACAUCCUGUUCCCCAAUACACCGUCUCCUCCCCAAGGGGCAUGGCUUUCUUCAGCUGCUUCUCGAUGACUGAAGAGAGGGUGCCCAUAUUUCUGUCUCAGAGUUGCAGGGGCAGGGGGCCUCUCUUAAACGUGUCCAAACAGGUGACAUCUUGGGGCAGCCAUCUCUACAGUGCCUGCCAGACACAGAGCCUUCUCUCGGGCAUUGAGAGAACUAUUCAACAAAUACUUUUCACUAGAACUUCAGAGACCAUUUGAGCCACUGUGAAGAAUUUACUUUUCAGUCUGAAAGGAGUUCAGAAGAUCUUUCUGAAUCUAGGUCUUUCUUGCCUCUGACCCCCAACUUGGAUACAGACUCUGCUGUUGCCACCUCUCUCUCAAGAAGGCCCCCCGCCUUCCAUCUUCCAGAAUGGAAAGAACCAGCUUGUGGUCUCCAGCUGCUCUGUUUGAGAAGCACCUGGUUCUUUCCUCCAGGACCUGGCUUUGCCAUUCCAGGAUCCUCCCAAGCAUUAACAUUCUUAUGAGAGGUGAACUGUAGAGUCCACUGAGGAUGGCUUUGGGGCCAAAGGACCCACCCAGUGUUGCUGUGUGCCACAAGGCAGUCAGUGGACAUUCUUGUGGUAUCCUGACUUCUGCCCCUUCGUCUAUGCAUGUCUGGCCCCAGAAGGUCAAGCGUCUGUCCUCACAGGGGACCAGCUAAACACCCACUGGAGGCCAGAGCCAUUCUGCCCAGCCCACUCCUCCCAGCCAGCUCACAAUGCCCAGCCACCCCUAAUAUGAGUAGGAGAAAGACCCUCACCUCACUUCAGAGACUGACACCCAUCCCAACCCACUAGGCGCUUGCAGGACAGGCAGCCGAGCAGCGAGCAGGGGCUUGCCCCCCCACCCCGCCCCGUGUAUCAUUCCUUUAGGAUACGUCAGAUUCACGUGUGACUGUGACUCUCGUGUCCAGUGGACUCCUCUGAUGCCCCCUGGCUGUGAGCCAUGGGUCCCAGGUCUACUAGUGGCUAUCCAGAAGCUGUUCUCAGCCGAGAAACCCAGCGAGGAUACAACAGCCCAGUGCCAAGACUCCUCCCCGCGUGUGUUCCACCCACUCGUGUCACCUCUCCUCCUGUCCCAUAACUGCACACAUAAAAAUGUACUGGAAAGAAAACCUGCCACCCCUUGUAGAUGAAGUGCUCCCAAAAUAUCUGAAAUAUUUAACAAAAGAUAAUAAUAAAUUUGAUGCCAGUC